UAAUAUAAAGAAGUACCAUUAUUAUUCUAUUUGGUCAUUGGCACUGUUAGAUCUUCAUACUCAUGGGAACCGUUAUCGACUCCCAUUUCUUGGGCUUAACUGCCAUUGUCACUGUGGGGUAUCAGUUGUUGUUCUUUAUAGUCACUGCUCUUCUCAAAUUCGAUAAAGUCACUGACUUCGCUGGAAGCACAAAUUUUGUUAUCAUUGCCAUAUUGACUCUGGUUCUGAAAGGCUCAUGGCAUUUCAGACAGAUAGUCUUGACUUUGCUUGUAGUAAUAUGGGGUCUCCGCCUGGGACUGUUUCUAUUAAUGAGGAUCUUGCAGUGGGGGGAGGAUAGGCGUUUUGAUGAAAUGCGUGCUAGUUUGGGAAAACUGGCAGUUUUCUGGAUAUUUCAGGCUGUCUGGGUGUGGACAGUUAGUUUGCCUGUUACAGUGGUUAAUUCAAGCAACAGAAAUCCAUCUCUCCAGGCUGAGGACAUAAUUGGCUGGAUUAUUUGGUCAGUGGGUUUUCUAGUUGAAGCAACAGCUGAUCAGCAAAAACUAACAUUCAAAAACUCUCCAGAAAAUAGAGGGAAAUGGUGCAAUGUUGGACUAUGGCAAUACUCUCGUCAUCCAAACUAUUUUGGUGAGAUUUUCCUCUGGUGGGGAAUUUUUGUGGCUUCCACACCUGUACUUGAAGGUGCUGAGUGGCUUGUAAUCCUUGGGCCAAUCUUCCUCACAUUGUUGCUUCUUUUCAUCAGUGGCAUACCAUUGCUUGAGGAAUCGGCAGAUAAGAAGUUUGGGAAUGUGACUGGAUAUAGGCUUUAUAAAAGAAAAACUAGCCCUCUAAUUCCGCUGCCACCAGCAGUAUAUGGGAAUUUGCCCUCAUGGUUCAAAACAACUUUCCUUUUCGAAUUCCCUUUCUACAGUCGUAGUCUUCCACAGGAAGGGUCAAACUGAACAAGCAGGAGAGAAAGUAGCGAUGGAAUGAAGAUGCACUAGUUCUUCAUGACUCUUUGAUUUGCAAUGUUUUAUUUCUCUAUCCUCCUAUGGAUGUAUGGUUCAUCACUUUUCUUCUCCAUGACUACUAUUAUGAUAAAUGAAAUUCUGAUUUGUUAAUGUUCAAGCAUGUCCUGUUAUCCCCAACAAUGUUCAAUUAAAAAAAUGUAUAUAUGAAUGGUUGCUAUGUGCGAGAAUUUGACAAUUUCAUUGGUACC